AUGUCAUUGUAUGUGCCUCCUUACCCCCCUACCUACUACCUUCAUAUGAUCAGCACAGACACUGCAGCCUCCACCAAUGGUGAUGAGCCUCGUGUGGCACACCCCAUACGUUGGACAAAACCAACAGCUGCCCUUCUUGAGCACUCGGAGAGGGCAGCCCUACCAUUACAAAUGAAGGCCAUCAACAAAUUCCGCGCUGCAGAAGCUGCAAGGUCUACUAACGAAAUUCCACAGACUGCUACCUCAGGUUCAUCACUAGAGCUUUCUGUGCCCCAGCCAGUCCAGCCUGCCACAUCUACAUCUAGCAACAAACGCCCCUACGUCGAAGAAAUCUCGGAUGAUGACAUCGACGAGCGUGAAAAUGCGCGCACAAACCCAAAACCAAAGAAAGCUCGCAAGGCGGCUGCAAGAACAGACUCGGACCCAGUGGGUGAGGAUGGUAUCCUCAUCGACAUCGACGUUCAGUCGAUUGCGGACACAGGGUCAACGUGUGAGCUCCAAACUGCUGACAUUGAAGAAUUUUUUGGCGCCACAUUUGAUCACACUGGGUCUAAUGGCAAAGUCAAGAAGCACUGCAAGUGCAAGAUUUGCCAGAAAAAAUGUGUACUCGUCAAUGAAACGACUACACUCCAUCAACAUGCAGAGGCUAACUUUGCGGCAAAAAUCGUACAUGGCAAAAAAAACUUGUUCGAGUCGAUGCUACCUGGUGAUGUCAAGGCUCGCAAGGAAAAGGCUGAACAUGACUAGCAAAUAAUCACCUCCCAUCUGACUGAACAAAAGAUUGCCGAAUGAGUCAUCCCGUACUCGGAUAGCUUGUUCAAGCAGGCUGCCAUUGAAUGGCUUGUCGC